CUUUUCACUAAUUUCUGUUAUAUUACAGAGUGCAUAUUUUCGAGAAGGGCGCACAUAAUCUCCACUUAAGAUACUCUGAAGAGUUUAAUAAUUUGGUUACGGAUUUCCUUGUUAGCCAAUCGAAAAUGUGAUAGUUUAUUGUAAUAUAUGUACCAUAAAGUCAAUAUGAUGUAUUAUAUAUAAUGGUGGUGUUCUAUUAUAUCACGUAUUAUUUUGUAUGUACAUUAUUUUGUACAAGGUUUUGUAAUAAAUUGAUAUUAAUAUAUGCACUCUUUAUUAAUAGUCAUUUUAUUUAUGCAAGGUCGUCAGUUUUAGAUUCGAUGGUUCAAGGAUGGAAUUAUGACCUCGCGAACGCGACCCAGUGAUACGUACGUCAAUGCAUUAUAUUAUCAAUAUGUAUUAUAGUAAAAAACACAUCGUGCGCAAUUUUACAUUGAAGAACUGAUGUAAUGAUCCGAUGCGCGCUGCUGUACGUACAGUCAUGGACACAGCCGUGGACACAUCGGUUGCGACACUUUCUUUUUUAUAGUAUACACCACGAUCCAGUCGCAGAUUUCAAUCGGUCGUAAACAUAACAUAUUCGACAUACGCAAGAUGUAUACUCGUUUCGCAAGUGCGUUAUGUAAAAUUGUAAAGUUCAGCGGCAGCCGUGCCGCGCGAACUCGGCAGUUAUCAACUAUAACGAGUGGAGCCCGUGAGAUAGAGGAACGGAAGAUCAAAGUGGACGACACGGAAAUUAAUUAUGCCAAGGUCGGCACAGGUGACCAUUCAGUGUUGCUGCUGCCUGGGGCCAUGGGGACAAUAUGGACCGAUUUUCGGCCGCAGAUGGAGAAUCUGAAUGCGGACAAGCUAACCAUAGUGGCAUGGGAUCCGCCCGGUUACGGUAAAUCGCGGCCACCCGACAGAACGUUCCCGGACGAUUUCUUUCAGCGCGACGCUGUGUACGCCCGCAAUCUGAUGAGGACCCUCGGCUACUCGAAAUUCUCACUGAUCGGCUGGAGCGACGGCGGCAUCACGUCGCUUCUACUUGCCUCGACGUAUCCCGACGACGUCCACAAGAUGGUUGUCUUCGGCGCGAACGCCUACAUACACCCGGACGAGACGAAGAUAUAUGAAAGUGUCAGAGACAUCAACAAGUGGUCAGAGAAAAUGAGGACGCCUAUGAUACAGGUCUACGGUGAGGAUUAUUUCAGAAAGACGUGGUCAAAUUGGAUAGACGCUGUCCUAAGAUUGUACGAAAAGCAGAACGGCGACCUGUGCAAACAGGUUUUAUCGAAGAUAAAGUGUCCGACUUUAAUCAUUCAUGGAGCAAGAGACGCGAUGGUCUUGCCGGAACAUCCGACGUAUCUAAAGCAAAAUAUCGCUGAUUCGAGAGUGCAUAUUUUCGAGAAGGGCGCACAUAAUCUCCACUUAAGAUACUCUGAAGAGUUUAAUAAAUUGGUUACGGAUUUCCUUGUUAACUAAAUGAAAAUGUAAUAGUUUAUUGUAAUAUAUGUACCAUAAAGUCAAUAUAAUGUAUAUAAUGGUGGUGGUGUUCUAUUAUACGUCACGUAUUAUUUUGUAUGUACAUUAUUUUGUACAAGGUUUUGUAAUAAAUUGAUAUUAAUAUAUGCA